ACUGUUACCUAAUAAAGAAAUACAGAUGGAGAGAGGAAGACAUCAAGGACUGGUCUGAGGCACUGACAAUGGAAGCCACACAGAUCAAUAUGUCACAAGCCUCGCUAGUGAACGGCAACAUCAGUGCUAAUGUGAAGAGAAGCAAACCUCGCGUGAUGUCCAAAAGUGGCCACAGCAAUGUGAGGAUUGACAAGGUCGAUGGCAUUUACCUGCUUUAUCUUCAGGAUCUGUGGACCACAGUGAUUGAUAUGAAGUGGAGAUAUAAACUUACUCUGUUUGCUGCUGCUUUCAUCAUGACUUGGUUUCUUUUUGGAGUCAUUUACUAUGUCAUUGCCUUUCUUCAUGGAGAUCUGGAAGGGAACAAACACCCUGACGGUCAUGCCCCCUGUGUCAAGAAUGUAGAAUCACUUACUGGGGCAUUUCUCUUUUCUUUGGAGUCACAGACUACCAUUGGUUACGGCUUCCGUUUUAUCACUGAAGAGUGCCCUCAUGCCAUUUUCCUUUUAGUUGCUCAGUUGGUUGUCACUACAUUGAUUGAGAUCUUCAUCACCGGGACCUUCCUAGCCAAAAUUGCUAGACCCAAAAAAAGGGCUGAGACCAUUAAAUUCAGUCAUUGUGCUGUCAUAUCCAAACACAACGGACAUCUUUGUCUUGUAAUUCGAGUGGCAAAUAUGAGAAAGAGCCUCCUGAUUCAGUGCCAGCUGACUGGAAAACUUCUUCAGACUUAUGAAACUAAAGAAGGAGAGAGGAUUCUACUUAACCAAGCUAGUGUUAAAUUCCAUGUUGACUCUGCAUCAGAAAGCCCUUUCUUGAUUUUACCUCUGACUUUUUACCAUAUAUUAGAUGAGAGCAGCCCUUUAAGUGAUCUUACACCCCAAAAUCUUAAAGAAAAAGAGUUUGAACUGGUUGUCCUCUUGAAUGCCACAGUAGAGUCCACAAGUGCUGUCUGCCAGAGCCGAACAUCAUAUGUUCCAGAGGAGAUAUUCUGGGGUUUUGAGUUUAUGCCGGUGAUUUCUCUCUCUCAGAAUGGGAAGUACGUUGCAGAUUUUAGUCAAUUUGAGCUGAUCAGAAGAAGUGCAGAUUUUGCUUUGUACAGUAUGGGCUCUGAAAAGCAAAAACUUGAAGAGCAAUAUAGAAAGGAAGACCAGAGAGAGAGAGCACGCAGAACAAUGUUGUUACAGCACAGCAAAGUUUGAUUUCUCGUCCAACAGGAACUAUAAUAAUUAUACAGCAAGGAUUCUUUCUCACCCCCUGAAAAUGGAAAGGGAGCAAAGACUUAUCUACAUAGCUGUGAUGUGGGGUAUAUUUACCACUUUAUCAGAUUACAUCAUCAUAAUCAUCAAGGUUUUUUUAAAUAUUAAGUGGGGCUAUUCUGUAUAUCAGAUACCAUAACUGAGAUGAAUAUAUUUUAAGGAAGCUUAGAAAGGAACCUUAUACUGAGUCAGACCAUUAGUCCAGCAAGCUCAGUCUACACUGAUUGGCAAGGACUCUCCAGGAUUGCAGAAGUGAGGGUGGGUUCAUAGCCUUACCUGGAGAUGCCAUGGACUGAACUUCAGCCAUUUUUCAUGUAAAGCAUGUGCUCUACCACUGAGCCAUGGUUCUUCCCUAAAUUCAUAUGGGAUCUCUUAUGUGUCAGUGACAGCAGCUCCACUGGAAAUAAACAGAUGUAGAUUUUCCACUCUAGGAACAUAGAAAGCUGCUUUAUACAGCUCAAGCAACAGGAAGUUACAUGGGCUUAAGUUGCAGGAAGCCAGAUUUCGGCUGAACAUCAGGAUAAACUUCCUAACAGUUAGAUCAGUAAGACAAUGGAACUAAUUACCUAGGGAGGUGGUGGGCUGUCCAACACUUGGGGCAUUCAAGAGGCAGCUGGACAGCCACCUGCUGGGUAUGCUUUAAGAUGGAUUCCUGCAUUGAGUAGGGGGUUGGACUUGAUGGCCUUAUGGGGCCCUUCCAACUCUACCAUUCUAUGAUUCUAUAUUGUGUCAGACCAGAGGUCCAUCUAGCUCAUUAUUCUCUAUGCUGACUGGCAGUGGCUCUCCAUUACUUGAGACUAGGGUCUUUUCCAACUGUACAUGGAGAUAUUGAGGGACUGAACCUGGGCCGUUCUGUAUUCUCUCCCUGUGUGUUGACAUUCUGUCAUAUGGCAAUUUUUGUCGCAGACACGUUGAUUUUCAGUUGAUAUACGUGGAGUUUGAUAUAUUGGACAGAUUUCUCAAUAUAUUUAUUUGACAUAGUUUAGUCAUAUUAGUAGAAUAAAAGUUUGUUCUAAAAUAUUAUAUAUUCUUUGGUAUAGUGAGGCUGCAAUCUUAUAACACUUUCCUUGAUUAAUUGAACUUAGUAGAGUUUGUUUAGAUAUGCAUAGAAUUGCACUGUAAGCAUUUAUUUACCUAGAUUUCAAACUAGUUAAGAAAAUGAAAAUGUCAUUCAGUUUUAGUUGGAAAUAGGAUUUUUUUUAUUUAAAAAAACCCUUCAUUGAGAAGAAACUAUUUGUACAAUAGUACAAGGCAGCCUCUAAAAUGGCUGCCCAGUGCAGUGAGGGCUUGGAGUGUGUAGGUGUGCAAGAGGCCCUUUUGUGCCAAUGUAGACACACACCCCCUCUCAAAAAAAAAUGUGCCUCAGAUUGUACAGGGGUUGCUCACAUCUGUUGUAGACUAAAGGUGUCUCCCCUUGGCCAGUGUACAUUUCUGUGCUAUGGGUAAGGAUUAAAGAACCAAUUAAAAGAGUGGGAGGACCAGAUCCAAUGUGGCACCUAUGGGCACCAUUACAUCCUCAGACACACACACCAUUGCACUUGCCAAGGACCCCUGCUCCUCCCAUUUUAUUACAAAACAAAGAUAUUUGGGAGUUUUUUGUUGGGUUUCUUGGGUGGGGAAGUUGCCUGCUUUUUUAGUCUGUGUUUUUGUUUGUUUGUGGGGAAGAUAUGGAUGUUUUGCCUUUGGAGGUGGUUCUGAGCAGCGCCAGUUUUUUGUCUGUGAAAUGGGUAUUUUGUGGUGCCCAUAACAGCAUCCUAGAUUUCCAAAUGUGUCCCUGGGCCCAGAAAAGGCUGGAGACUCCUAUGCUCUAGAUCCUCUUUUUUUCUGUUCCUGUCUCUCUUUUUGACAGAGCAGAGCAAGAAACCAGUGGGAAGCACACACUUACUACAACAAUGACAUACGAGAAUUGCCUGCCUCCUGCUCACAAGCUUAUUGUGCCUAGUCUUUGCCAGAACAAAAACAGCAAGAAAACAAAUGGCUCCAGGAGCCAGUGCAGUUUCCUCCCUAUCUGCCAGGCAAAUCUAGCAAGGCGAGACCAUCAAGUACUCACCAAUGCAGAUGAUCCGGCUGUGUCAGUUGAAUAAUAGGAACAUGUUGUGCCCUAAAAUUCUAUUUUGAAUCUCUUUUUUUCUCCAUCAUUUAAAGGAAAGCUUUCAUAGAUAUCUAAGGAGGAGGUUGUAAACAAUAGUAACAUUAAAAAGAGAAAUAUGUUAUUGGGAAAAUGCUACCAACAACUUGUUGUUUUUUAUAAAGUGUAUAAGCAUUAGAGGUACCCUCCAUGGCGCAGAGUGGUAAGCGGCAGUAUCGCAGCCAAAGCUCUGCUCACGGCCGGAGUUCGAUUCCAACGGAAGGAGGAAGUCGAAUCUCCGGUAAAAGGGGUCGAGGUUCACUCAGCCUUCCAUCCAUCCGUGGUCAGUAAAAUGAGUACCCAGCAUAUGCUGGUGUGUAAAGAAAGGCCAGGGAAGGAACUGGCAAUCCCACCCCAUAUAUACAGUCUGCCUAGUAAACGUCGCACGACGUCACCCUAAGAGUCGGAAAUGACUCGCACUAUAAGUGCGGGGACACCUUUACCUUUACCUUUAUAAGCA